CGACUUUUAGUUACAUUGAGAAGUAAAUUUUUCUUCAAUCAAAAAGAUUCGAUUUUCUAAGCCAUUGUGCUGGUAUUUUCUUACAUUAGAAAAGGAUGAAUUGAUCAGUGAUUUUCUCUAAUUCUAAGUUACAGACAUUCUACAUCUAAUCCAAGUACAAUUUGCUUGAGAAAUGUCACUUUCAAUCGGCCCUUCUUACAACGGUAGCUCAUUACAAUGUCCUGAUAUAUUUUGUAACUAUAUUGAUGAAAUUGGACCUCCGCCUGAUUGGUUACCACCACCGCCGCCUUUACCACCUUUUCUGUUUCAAUUCUUAGCAGAAAAUGAUUCUCUACCUGGUAAUAUUGAAACCGAAGGUUGUAACUUUUGUAAUACAUUUGGUAACCUGAAAGAUUCUGAGCCCAUUCAUUUGUCUCAACCCGAAAAUGGUGCUAAUAAUUCAUGGUUUUCAUUAUUAUUCGGCUCGGUUCUUGGUUCAACUAUCCUUUGUAUCAUUUUACUCUUCAUUCUAAUCAAAUGGAGAAGAUGGAAGUUUCUACCAUCAACAGUUUUUGGACUGGAUUCUUGUUCAAUUUUCACUGAGAGUAUAAUGAAAAAUCAGAAAGAUGUCACAUCUUCAUCACCAGAAAACUGUCUAUCCCCCGUUGUUAAUGAGAAAUCUCCUCAAAGUAUCAUCACCAGUUGUUCAACUAAAACAUCAAUUCCUAAUAAAUACUGGAGAUGUAGAGAUGAAUCAACUGGUCUUCACCAUGAAAUGGUUGAUCCAAGAAGAACCGAUAUCGUUGAAUACACCAAUCUACCUUAUGGAAGCAGUUGUACCUCAAGUCCUGUUUACGAUGAACUCGAUUCUGCCAGAGUAAAUCUUAAUUGCUCUCAAAUACCGGGCACACUACUUAUCAGAGAUCCCUCCUCACCUUACACAGCUCAUAUCUAUUCAGAAGUUGCCGAUGCCAUGAGAAUCGCUGCUCACCUUGGUUCACCUGCGACAUUAUUACCAUCUGAAUCAGUUAACACUAAUUAUGAUUAUGUUGCUUAUCUAACAACCAAUGACAAUUACAACGACCAAUCAAGAUCAUAUACACGACGACAACGAUCUGGCCUUACAAAUAUCGCAAGUGCAGUUCCCUUAUUGCCAACUGAACAUGGAUCACAAAUUAUUCACAAUUCUCAACUCAAUUACAUGACAAACAAUCAAUCAACUCGAAUUGAUUUGCACUCACAAAAUCAGCAAUCAAAAAUGAUUCCUCAUUACAUUGGGUUAAAUGAACACAAUUCUGCCAAUAUUCAUCAUCUACUUGCAAAUUCUACUUCCUCACUAUCAAAUUAUCAAGUUCCAUAUUCAUCUGAUAACAAGGAGAAUCCAAAACGACCUUUACCAGCGGUUCCAGGAAUUCGUCUUUAAGUACAAUUAACUCACAAUUAACUUUGGUAACUCUGAAUUUAUCUACUUUUUCAUCCCUCACAAAGCACGAAAUUCACGCACAAUAAUUGGCAACUUAACCAUACAAGUUAAUAAUCAUUGCUUAAAUAAUUUGAUGAUUGAUUUAAUAUUAACUUUAAUUUUUAAUAUUCUAAUGGAAUCAAAAUCUAAUUUAUAUUAUUACUUUGUUUCCAUUACUAGUUAAUCAAUUUAACUCUUAAUUUUUACAAAUUGACUAUGUAUGUAUUCUCAUAUAUUCAAAUAAACAUUUAAUUUCUUACCUAA